UUUUAGUUUUAAUCUUCAGAGAGAGAAGGGAGUGCAGAAAGAGGAUACACAACACGCACUUGUGAGAAUGGAGCGCCAGAAUGAAGCACUGCUUGAGAGAGUUCCAAGCACCGAACUGUUCACCGAGCCCAGACGGAACUCCAAUACUAAGGCGGUGAAGGUGGCCGGCCUAACCGUGUUGGCAUGUCUUCUGCUGGCGGGCCAGGCAUUCACUGCAUUCUACGUGAUUGGACAGAAAGAUCAUUUGAAUUCACUGGAGCAGGGCCAGGAGAACCUGAAAAAAGAACUUACUCGCAGAUUCUCAGCUGCUCCCAAAAUGAUGCAUGCCCCCAUGAGCAAAAUGCCACUGCUGGUGGGUAUGGAUGAGGACACCCCAAAAACUGAAGUGAAAAAGCAGCAGCCUCUGACGAAACUACAAUCCAGCCUUCUGACUCCAAAGGAGGGAAGUGGCCUUGUGGAAGGUUCAAGGAGGAUGAUGCUGCCCAUGAGCAAAAUGCCUAUCCUGACCGACUUCAGUGAGGACAAGCUCAGUGAGGAGAAAGUCGCCACAACUGAGACUCCUGUUGUAGAGGUGGAGACAAAGUGCAAGGUGGAGGCAGGAAGAGUGAUGCCAGGCUUCUACCAGCCACAGUGCGAUGAGGAAGGCAACUUCAAGCCCAUGCAGUGCUGGCACAGCACUGGCUUCUGCUGGUGUGUGGAUAAGGAUGGAAAGGAGGUUCCUGGCACUCUGAAGCGUGAACGUCCAGAGUGUGGCAAUGUCAACUAAGAACUUGACUACAGUCAGCUGAAUGGAAGCUUGAUGCGAAGCUCAUACAAAGCAGAGACUCCUUCAUAUAAAUCAGAUACUUCAUCUCUUCAGUCUCAUUUAUAUCUUAAUACUGACUCUUUUUAACAGUAGGCAGAAUGAUUAAAUCUUGUUUCUAACUAAUAAAAUAUCUUAGCAUGUCAUUCUGUUUGUUCUGUUUAGGUGAGCUACAAGUUACAUAAUACUGUCGUUAUAAGUAUUGCACAUACACACAUAUGCACACAUGCGCACACAGACACAUCCACAUAAAUAACAAGCUUCUGUUGUGUUUUAUUCUGUCUGUCUGUAUUGUUGAAUUUUCUUUUUUUAAUAUUAAGUAUUUUUCACACAAUCAGGUUUAAGGUUAGUAGAAAACAUGAAGGAUAUGGGGCUAUAAGUAUAAAAAGUAAUGUAUAAUUAAUAAUUAGGCUGCAAAUAAACCAUACCUUUCUAUUCUUAA